AGCAGUGAGCAGGCACUAACGUGUCUUCCUGCUAUAUUAAGUCAAGUAUUUAGUUAAAUUUAGUGAACAACACUUAUUGAAUUAAUAAGUCUUCGAUUAUGUUUCGCGGUGGUGUUUAUUUUUUAAGUUGGUAAUUGGUAAAGCAGGCAUUAAUGAAUCAUUCACUUAUCAAUGUGGCACAGGUCCAAAAUGAAUAUGAUCACAUUCUUUAUUUUGGGGCUUCUGGUCCAUGUGGUCUUUUUCAUUUCCAUAUUUGACAUUUACUUCACAUCACCUUUGGUUCAUGGUAUGGCGCCUCAGCAUGUGCCCCUGCCCCCUCCAGCCAAGCGUCUGGUUCUCUUUGUGGCAGAUGGCCUAAGAGCUGACAGCAUUUUUAAACCAUAUAGCAAUGGGACAACACGGACUCCUUAUUUGAGAAGUGUAAUUCAAGAGAAAGGCACAUGGGGGGUGUCACAUACACGAGUGCCCACAGAGUCCCGUCCUGGACACGUUGCCCUGAUAGCAGGCUUUUAUGAGGAUGUCAGUGCUGUAGCCAAAGGCUGGAAGGAGAAUCCAGUUGAAUUUGACUCUGUGUUUAAUGAAAGCAGGUACACAUGGAGCUGGGGAAGCCCUGACAUCCUACCCAUGUUUGCUAAAGGGGCUAGUAGAGACCAUAUGUACACAAACACCUAUCCUGCUGAAAUGGAGGAUUUUGCCUCCGCUGACGCCUCCAAACUGGAUACCUGGGUGUUCACUGAAGUAAAGUCCUUUUUUAGCUCAGCAAAAGACAAUCAAACUCUCAUGUCUAAACUGCACGAAGAUCAGAUUGUGUUUUUUCUUCAUCUUCUGGGAAUUGAUACCAACGGACAUGCUCACCGACCCAUGUCGAAGGAGUAUCUUGAUAACAUUGCCCUGGUUGAUAAUGGAGUGGCUGAGAUUGUUUCUGUGUUGGACGAGUUUUAUGGAAACGAUGGCAGAACCGCAUAUGUUUUCACUGCUGAUCAUGGCAUGACAAACUGGGGGUCUCAUGGAGCCAGUCAUCCCUCAGAGACCCUCACUCCUCUUGUGGUGUGGGGGGCUGGAGUACAGACAGCACAGAAAGCCUCUAUUUUUCAACAUUAUAAUGACAACUACCUUAAAGAAUGGGGACUGGAGACCUACAGAAGAGUUGACGUAAACCAGGCUGACAUUGCACCGCUCAUGUCAUCUCUUAUUGGGGUUCCCAUUCCACUCAACUCUGUGGGUCUUCUGCCUUUAGACUACCUCAAUAACAGUCAGCACUUCAAAGCUGAGUGUAUGUAUGCAAAUGCUAUUCAAAUUCUGGAGCAAUUUAAGAUAAAGAUGACCCAGAAAAAGAAAACCACCUUAUCUUUUUUCUUCACACCAUACAAACCUUUGACAGAUUCUGAUUUAAUGGAGUUUGUGAUUCAUGCAAGGUUGCUUAUCCAAAAAGGGCAUUUUGAUGAAGCUAUUAAUCAAUGUGAGGAUUUAAUAGGUCAAGCAAUGGAAGGCUUGUCCUACUACCACACCUACGAUCGCUUUUUCCUAGGCUGCAGUGUUGCCUUGGGCUUUAUUGGUUGGACGUCCUAUGUAAUUCUGGUCAUCCUGAGGACCCAUGCUAGUUUGCACAAGUCUUCUACAGGUAUAAAUAUGGUGGCAGGAAGACAUCUGAGAAGAGUUUUUGUGUGUUUGGGCCUGGUAGUCUCUCUCUUUCUGCUUCUUCAGGCCAGUUCCUUUACCUACUACAUCUACUGCCUUCUGCCUGUUGCUGUGUGGUAUGCAGUCUUUAAAGAGUUUGGCAUCCUUGUUGGACUUAUAAAGUCUGUUCCUUUCCUGACACUUACCAAAUGCCUUGGCUAUAUGGUUUUAGUUACAUUUGGGGUAGAACUGCUGGUUGCAAGUUUUUUCUAUCGAGCUACAUUGACUCUGGGACUGAUAGCUUUAGCACUGUGGCCUGUUGUCUCAGGUUUUCAUACAAAAGCCAGGUGCAGAUCAUUAAGCUGGGUGUUGAGCUGCCUGUGUUUGGCAGUGUUUCCACUUCUGCCAGUUGUUGGAAGAGAGCCCAACACCAAUUAUGUGUUGUGUGCUGGAGCUGUAACACUCUCUGUAACACUCUCAAUUUUAUACAUUUGCCCAACACACAGACAUGGAUGCCUUCAUAGAAGAGAUAGGUGGCUGUUUCUUGGCCAGAUGCUACAGGUGGCAUUGUGUGUUUAUGUGCUGGCUAGCACACACUUCAGUCUGCAGCUUAAGCAAGGUCUGCCGCUCUUCAAUCAGCUCAUCAGCUGGUCCACUCUUGUUUCAUCAUUUUUUGUGCCUCUGCUGAGUUCCACCAAACUCCACCAUAGGUUGCUGAGUAUUCUCAUGUCCCUCAUUUCUGUGUACCUUCUUCUCAGCACGGGGUAUGAGGCCCUUUUUCCUCCCAUACUGUCAUGGUUGAUGUUUGUGUGGAUUGGCAUGGAGCAGGAAACCACAGACACACAUAGACUGUCUAACAGGACAGAGCUUUCAGACAUUGAUUUUGUUGAAAAUAUCGACUUGACGAGAAUCAGGCAGCUGAAUUUAGAAGACAUCCGAAGAUCAUACUUUUUUGUAUUCUUCAUAAUAAUUGCCUUCUUUGGCACAGGAAAUAUUGCUUCUAUUAACAGUUUUGACCCAGCCUCUGUAUACUGCUUUCUAACAGUCUUCAAUCCGUUCUUAAUGGGUGGCCUCUUAAUGUGGAAGGUUCUGAUCCCAUUCAUAAUAGUUAUGUGCACAUUUGAAAGUGUUCAAGUGUCAACGCGGCUUUCCUCACGAAGCCUUUUUCUCAUCGUGCUGGUCAUCUCUGAUUUAAUGGCACUGCACUUCUUUUUUCUGGUUAAAGACUAUGGAAGUUGGCUUGACAUAGGAACAAGCAUUAGUCACUACGUGAUUGUCAUGUCCAUGACCAUCUUCCUGAUGCUGCUAAGUGUGUUGACACACAUCCUCACCUCCAAGAGAAUUCUGUUCGGUCAAAAUGUGAAAGUGCACUUUAAAUAAGGACUGAUUUACUGAAGCAGUAAAAUUUUUUUUACUGUAUAUUUAGCGUUACAAAACAAAAACCAGACUAACUUGACAAAUUUGUGAGAGCAGUGGUAAACUUGUUGUCUACAGCUGUAACCAUUGGAAAUUGACUCAAGUUUUAAGCAAAUGAGGGGUUGGGAUGCAAGUGCUGGUCAUGGAAACUUUACUUGAAAGAGCAGUUGACCUGCUGUACUCUGGGGGAAAAAACAUUUUAAAUCCUACAGAAAGAUAUUAGUGUUUUAUCUAUUUGUAUGAAUUUGAUACAUAAAUAUGUUUCAGAUCAAGGACAAA